UUGGCUCAUAAAGAAGAAGACCAGUAUCAUAUGUUUAUAAAGGCGCCUGUCGUUUGUUGCAGUAACAUCGUGUUGUUUGGUUGUAUGUAUUUUUUGAUUUUGAAAUAGUUAUAUACUGGGUCAUUACUGUCUCUUUUUGAACCAUUAUAUGACCGCUUUAAGAUGAACAGAAAAAAAUGUGCCAAGUCCACAAGCAAACCAGCUCCAAUUUUGGCAGCACCUAAAAAGACUACAUUUGAUGGUGAUAACGAUGUCCAGUUUGAGCUGGAGCUCUGUUGGUGCGUUCAACAAUUAAGAACAGCACUAGACAGUGGAAAGUUAAGCCAAAAAGUUGCUGAAGACACAGCCAAGAACUUAAAAAUACUGAUGAGUCAAACUGCACCACUAAUAAAGAAGAGACAAGUUAUGAAACUCGCCUUGGGUGAUUACCGCUUAAAAAUGCAACAGGAGGAAAAGAAAAUGUUGUUAGCUUCCAAACAGAUCAAAUUUACACCAGCAUCAAGUACUGAUAUAAAAUCAAGCUUUGUAAAAAAGUCUGCGUUAUUAAAGUCUGGCAAAGAUUUUCGAUUCAACUUUGAUUUAGCGGAUAGCAAUGGUGUAGAAACUACUACGAAUACGUCAUCUGCAAAAACAAUAAGUAUCCCGGUAAACGAAAAUAAGGAGCCUGCAUUUAAAUUUAAUUUUUCGGUUAAUGACGAUGUCAAUGAUGAUAUAAAUUUAGAGGGAUUGUUGCUUAGAGAUUAAAACUGAAAAUACACUUUAUUUUUAUAAAAUUUAUUCAUAAAACUGUUCAUAACUGCAAUAAAUACUCUUGAAAGUGAAGAAGUUUGGAGCUAACUGCCUAAAGAUUUCAUAUAAUUCGAUAAAUUUACUAACUUUAUAGCAGUAAGUACGAUGUUACCAAAAGCAACUGAUUAUGAUUCGCGAAUUAUGACCAACAUUAAGAGAUCUACGUAUUUAUUUGAGAUGCAAUCAACGUCAUAGCAUUAGUUUCCAAAUUCUAUUUGUAUUUUAAGCAGUAAACAGAGAUAGUUUAA